AAAGUUGAAUAUUUGUUUCGAGGGAAAUCUUUUCAUCCCGAAGGGGAAGAGGAGCGAUGCAGCGAUGGUGCAUCAAGCUCGGCCGCCACUUCCUAUCCUCUUCCCGUUCUGCCCUCCGUCCCAUCCCUCCCCGAUGCCUUGAACCGGUGGCAUUUCCAGCAAAUACGCCGAUCCUCAGGCCCGUUUCCUGGGACCCAUCUCCCGGGGCAUCCCGCCCCCAGCUUCUAGGAUUAGGGUUUUUCCCUCCCUCUCCACUUCUUGGGGCGAUGCAAGCCCGGCAUUAUGCAGCCAAGGAGAGAUCAAGAGCUCCAAUUACGCCAGCUACUUCGAAAGUGAAGAAAUACAAGCUUAAAGCUUUCUCAUCUUUUAAGUUCAGAUUUAGGACUAUGAAGGAUGGAAAGAUCCGGCGGUGGAGGGCAGGAAAGCGACAUAAUGCGCAUUUGAAGACCAAGAAGGCAAAGAGAAGGCUUAGAAAGCCUGGGGUUGUACAUGCAGCUUAUGCCAAAGUGAUUAAGAAGCUAAACUUUUGCGGCUAGAGCUUUAGGGGGGAUUUUUUUUUUUCUAAUUUUUCCUGAAGGCAGUAUAACAAAAUUUUUUUUUUCUCUUCGAACUGAUAUUUGUAGCCCCUGACUUUUUUCGUGAUGUAACAUCUGCAAGAAACUAUGCUUUUUUAGCUGGUACUUGUGCCCAUGUCAUGGCUACUUCUGAUCACGAAUGCCAUGAUAAAGAAACUCAUUGUAGGGCUUUCUUAUCUUUUAUAAGGGAUUUAUAUGCAAAAUCCAUAAAUCAGGAUUAUAUUUGGUGCUUAUUGACUCAGUUGAUGAUAUUGAUACACUGAGUUUGCAGGAUCAUUUUACAGAGCAAUAAAAUUUCUACCAAAGCUUCAUUUGUUUU